UUCGGACCCACGGAGCUGCCCCUACGGCCGUCGGCGGCCCGGCGGCCCGAGAUGUUGUCUGGGAAGAAGGCGGUAGCCAGGACAGACAGUGCCGAGAACGGCUCUGAGGUGGCCGCGCCGCCCGCAGGCCUGUCGGGCCCAGCCGAGGUCGGGCAGGGGGCGGCCGGGGAGCGCACGCCCCGCAAGAAAGAGCCUCCGCGGGCCUCGCCCCCCGGGGGCCUGGCCGAACCGCCGGGGUCCACAGGGCCUCAGGCCGGGCCUACCGUCGUGCCUGGGUCUGCGACCCCCAUGGAAACUGGAAUAGCAGAGACUCCGGAGGGGCGUCGGCCUAGCAGGCGCAAGCGGGCGAAGGUAGAGUACAGAGAGAUGGGUGAAAGCUUGGCCAACCUCUCAGAAGAUAAGUAUUAUUCAGAAGAAGAGAGAAAUGCUAAAGCAGAGAAGGAAAAGAAGCUUCCCCCACCACCUCCUCAAGCCCCACCUGAGGAAGAAAACGGAAGUGAGCCUGAAGAACCAUCGGGGGUGGAGGGAGCAGCUUUCCAGAGCCGACUUCCUCAUGACCGGAUGACUUCUCAAGAAGCAGCCUGUUUUCCAGAUAUUAUCAGUGGACCACAGCGGACCCAGAAAGCUUUUCUGUUCAUUAGAAACCACACGUUGCAGUUGUGGUUGGAUAAUCCAAAGAUUCAACUGACAUUUGAGGCUACUCUCCAACAAUUAGAAGCACCUUAUAACAGUGAUACUGUGCUUCUCCACCGAGUGCACAGUUAUUUGGAGCGGCAUGGUCUUAUCAACUGUGGCAUCUAUAAAAGGACAAAACCCCUACCAACUAAAAAGACAGGAAAGGUCAUUAUUAUAGCCCCUGGGGUCUCAGGCUUGGCAGCAGCUAGACAGUUACAAAGUUUUGGAAUGGAUGUCAUACUUUUGGAAGCCAGGGAUCGUGUGGGUGGACGAGUUGCUACGUUUCGCAAAGGAAACUAUGUAGCUGAUCUUGGAGCCACGGUGAUAACAGGUCUUGGAGGGAAUCCUAUGGCUGUUGUCAGCAAACAAGUAAAUAUGGAACUGGCCAAGAUCAAGCAAAAAUGCCCACUUUAUGAAGCAAACGGACAAGCUGUUCCUAAAGAGAAAGAUGAAAUGGUAGAGCAAGAGCUUAACCGGUUGCUAGAAGCUACAUCUUACCUUAGUCAUCAGCUAGACUUCAAUGUCCUCACUAAUAAACCUGUGUCUCUUGGCCAGGUAUUAGAAGUUGUCAUUCAGUUGCAAGAAAAGCAUGUCAAAGAUGAGCAGAUUGAACAUUGGAAGAAGAUAGUGAAAACUCAGGAAGAAUUGAAAGAACUUCUUAAUAAGACGGUAAAUUUGAAAGAGAAAAUCAAAGAACUCCAUCAGCAAUACAAAGAAGCAUCUGAAGUAAAGCCACCCAGAGACAUUACUGCCGAGUUCUUAGUGAAAAGCAAACACAGGGAUCUGACCGCCCUAUGCAAGGAAUAUGAUGAAUUAGCUGAAACACAAGGAAAGCUAGAAGAAAAACUUCAGGAAUUGGAAGCGAAUCCUCCAAGUGAUGUAUAUCUCUCCUCAAGAGACAGACAAAUACUUGACUGGCAUUUUGCAAAUCUUGAAUUUGCUAAUGCCACACCUCUCUCAACUCUCUCCCUUAAACACUGGGAUCAGGAUGAUGACGAGUUCACUGGCAGCCAACUGACGGUGAGGAAUGGCUACUCAUGUGUGCCUGUGGCUUUAGCAGAAGGCCUAGACAUUAAACUGAAUACAGCAGUGCGACAGGUUCACUACACGGCUUCAGGAUGUGAAGUGAUAGCUGUGAAUACCUGCUCCACGAGUCAAACCUUUAUUUAUAAAUGCGAUGCAGUUCUCUGUACCCUUCCCCUGGGUGUGCUGAAGCAGCAGCCACCAGCUGUUCAGUUUGUGCCACCUCUUCCUGAGUGGAAAACAUCUGCAGUCCAAAGGAUGGGAUUUGGCAGUCUUAAUAAGGUGGUGUUGUGUUUUGACUGGGUGUUCUGGGAUCCAAGUGUCAAUUUGUUUGGGCAUGUUGGCAGUACGACUUCCAGCAGGGGUGAGCUCUUCCUCUUCUGGAAUCUCUAUAAAGCUCCAAUACUGUUGGCACUAGUGGCAGGAGAAGCUGAUGGUAUCAUGGAAAAUAUAAGUAAUGAUGUGAUUGUUGGCCGAUGCCUGGCCAUUCUUAAAGGGAUUUUUGGAAGCAGUGCAGUACCCCAGCCCAAAGAAACUGUGGUGUCUUGUUGGCGUGCUGAUCCUUGGGCCUGGGGCUCUUAUUCCUAUGUUGCUGCAGGAUCAUCUGGAAAUGAUUUAAUGGCUCAGCCAAUCACUCCUGGCCCAUCAAUUCCAGGCGCCCCACAGCCAAUUCCACAAUUCUUCUUUGCGGGAGAACAUACGAUCUGUAACUACCCAGCCACAGUGCAUGGUGCUCUGCUGAGUGGGCUGUGAGAAACAGGAAGAAUUGCAGACCAGUUUUUGGGGGCCACGUAUACGCUGCCUCACCAGGCCACACCAGGUGUUCCUGCACAGCAGUCCCCAAGCAUGUGAGACAGAUACAUUCUAAGGGAAGAGACCCAUGUGCUUAACGCUGUAUAAGCAAGGCUCUUCUAGCAAUACUAGGUCCCACUGAGAACCUCCCACACUGCAUCUGGGCUCCUGAUUUGACAAAGGAGCUUGCCUCCUUUGAAUGACCUAGAGCACAGGGAGGAACUUGUCCAUUAGCUUGGAAUUGUGUGCUUCAUAAAGACUGAGGCAAGCA